AUGGAAGCAGAAAUAGGAGAUGUUCAUAUCAAUGUGUUUACUUUUGGUGCAAACACUGCUUCUGCUGAAGAUAGCAUCUAUCUCUUGGAUGUGAGGACAACUAGUAUCGGUCCUAUCAUUGAUGAUGAAGGCAAAUCAGCACAUUCUCUUCAUCUCUUUGCUAAUGGUGACCUACAACCUCUUCCUGAUGGUGCUUGCACCUUUCCAACAAUAAUCAUAGCAGGAAAGGUUUUGUGGGGUGCUUUUACACUCAACCAAGAAAAUGGUUUUGAUAUGGAUGUUUCUCAGUACAUUGUGGGUCCACAACAAAACAUGCAAGUUCACUGUUACUAUCCCAAAGGACACCCCCAUUUCUCUAAAACUCCCUUGCCCACUGCUAGCAAGCAUGUCGUUGUUCAAGGCACAGUCCAAAGUAUUACUGGAGAUCAAUGCGUUGUGACCAUCAAAGAUAUUGCAUUAGGUCCCUUGGAUACUGUUACCACUACUGAUAACAGAUCUGAAAAUGUUCCUGCUAUUCAUCUCAAGCAGUUCGACUGGGGAGGAGCACAUAAGGACAAGGAGAAGCUGAAAGAGAAGGGGAAAGGCAAGGGAAAGGAGAAAAAAGAAGACAUUGAAAGCAAUGAUCAGAAUAAAGGUAAAAGAGCAUGUGAUGAUGAUGAUGACAAAGAUAGGGAUGGUGAAGCAUCCACCUCCAUUGCACCUCACAAAGUUGCUUGCCUUUCCAAAUAA